AUGAUGAUGAUCCGAAACCGAAAGUUUUCCAUCGUAGACGCGGUUUCGCACCCGUUCAAAACGAUCGCGGCGAAGAGGAAGCAAAAACGAGCGACGUUUUUUGAGAAUUUGGAAAAUUACGACGAAGAACGCAUCAACCAAAGGGCGGUUUUGUUGGAGAAGUUACGAAAGAGGUACGAGGAAAGGAAGGAUUUGAAGAAGACGACGAGGAACGGGAGCAGUAAUAGUAAGACUGAGGGGAGGACAGAUAAUGACGCGGGAGAGAAGAAGAGUAACAACACGGCCCCGGCGUCUCCGAAUAAAACAAAGAAGAAGAUGGAAAGGCCUAUAAUCCAAGAGCACGACGUUCCGAAGCUUUCGCCGGACGCGCUGGCCGCGGUGGUGGAAGAUUUGAGACACGGAAGAGAUAAAUUUUCCAUGACGGACGCGAUGAGUAUUAUAAGCGGCGCGACUGUGUUAUUUUCUCGAGAACCGAACGUGUGCAGAGUGUAUUCGCACGAAGACGAGGACGGGUUCGUGAUUAUCGUCGGCGAUAUCCACGGACAGUUGGAGGAUGUGUUGCACUUGUUGACGGUGUGCGGGAUGCCAUCGGAGAAGAAUAUAUACGUUUUUAACGGUGAUUUAGUCGAUCGCGGAGGAAACGGGUGCGAGGUUGUGCUUUUGAUUUUAGCCAUGAAGUUGCAACAUCCAGAGUUUGUGCACGUGAACAGAGGGAACCACGAGGACCCACACAUUAACAUUUUCGGCGGCUUCGAGGAGGAGUGUUUGAAAAAAUACGACCACGGCGUGUUUCAAGCGUUUCACGAGUGUUUUAGGUGGUUUCCGAUAUGCACGAUCGUAAACGACCGCGCGUUUGUCUGUCACGGAGGACCGCCGAUGGAAGAGGAUGGCUCUUUAGUUUCCGUGAAGCGGUUGGAGCAAAUCCAGAAAGGACCGAGUUUUUUCGAAUCGAAGAGCGCGAGACGGUUGGCGAUGAAAAAGCAGAAGAAAGUGACAAGGAAAAUGAUGAUGCUGAAGAAGAAGAGAGAUGAACGCGUAAAACAAGCGAAUGUAGCGGGUAAUAAUAAUAGUAAUAACGCGGGACGAAAGAAAGAGGACCCCGAAGAAGAAGAAGAAGAAGAAGACGAUGCUGAUGAUGACGACGACGACGACGACGACGAUGAACUGAGCGACGACGAAUACGAUUUAAAAACCGAACGAGAAUUUCUAAUCUGUAAAUCUAUGAUCUGGUCGGACCCACACCCAAACGAUGAUUUCGUUGGCGUGGAAAAUUCCACACGAGGUGCCGGCGGUUUAUUCGGCGCGAACGUUACGCACGAAUUCCUUAAAGAGAACAAGUUAUCCUGCCUUGUGCGUUCGCACCAGUGCGUCGCGAGCGGCAUCGAGACGUGUCACGACGGUCGACUGUUUACGGUAUUUUCGGCGAGUAACUAUUGCGGGAAAUCCGGGAACAGAGGCGCUAUACUCCGUUUACAACGAAACGAUAAGCUCCCGCAACCGAAAUACGCCAUGACGUGGAAAAACGAGGAUUGCGUAAACGUCGACUUGCGGCACAAAGUAUCGUUUCAUCGUAAAAAAGGAGACAAGAAACGCGCUUUGCAAAUGGCUGCGAUGCAAGCGAGCGAGUACAUCAUCGAGUACAAGAGAGAAUUGUUUGACCACUGGUCGAGCAUAGACAUUAAAGGGAAAGGUAGAAUAACUCGCGAACAGUGGGCGGAUGGUUUACAAACGGUGUUGAAGCUCCGCUCGCAGUGGAAAAAAAUGUUCCCGAUGUUAGUUAGCGCGAACGAAGUCAUGACCGGAGGCUUGUUUUCCAUGAAACCAAGAAAAAAGACGCAAUCAAUGGACACUCUUGAAAAAGCGUCUUCCUCGUCGUUUAAGAAAGUAUACGUGAAAUUCCCGGAAUUCUUGGCGCGAUACACGCCGAGGCUGAAAUCUGGCUGCCGAGAGUGGCAAGAAGAAGUUUUGGACGAACUUCGACAAGCGCUGAUCACUGAGGCGAAAAAUUUAUCCUCCGCGUUCGAAAAAAUGGACGUGGACGGUUCCGGUUCCAUCGACUCGAAAGAGUUCACGAAAGCCAUACGAAACAUUCCAAAUUUAGACGUGCUUUCCAACGCGCAAAUUCUCUCUGUGUUCAACGCGUUCGACGUAGACGAUUCCGGGACGCUCGAUUUAGGCGAAUUUAGUUCCAUGUUUGAAGAUUUCGUCAGCGAAGAGGCGGAAAACGAAUUUUUACUGGAUGUUUCUUCGCCUGGAUCGCCGAGCACGAGAGCACGAAACGACGAGGUUUCCGUGUUGUGGAAAGAUCGAUCGUCGAAAGGAAGAGGGCAAAUCGCGAAAAUGAUUUCUUUGAGUCGUUCGUUCAAUCGCGUUUUAUCUCUCAAGGAGAAGGAAGAGCGAGGGAGCGCGACCGAGGAAGAGUUACAAUCGAUCGCGUCUUUGAAGAAAAUACUCUCCGGAGGAGGCGGCAAAGGAGGACGAGGAGAACAAGAAGGAGACAACGGCGACGACGAAGAGAAGGUUAAAAUAAGCGACGUAUGGAACGACGACAUCGAACAAGCGAUUUCAAAAUUAUUCACGGGAUACAAAAAAGAGUUGCAUCACGUGUGGCACACGAUCAUCGCCGCCGCUGGAGGCGAGCGAAAGAAAGAAACGCACCACCAAUCCAUAUCUAACGCACACUUUGUGGACCUCAUGUUAUCCUUAGACGAGGUGAUCAACGGCGAUCUCAACGUGCUCACCGAGUCGAGCGCGAAACGGUUAGCGGAGCACAUGGACACGAACAAAGAUGGCACCAUCGAUUACGACGAGUUUAUACGCGCGACUGAACCCGAUGUCGAACAACUGAACAGAUAUCUGGCGUUUGACAUUGAUUUGUUCGAAUCUCAAAGGAAAGCUGGCGUGAUGUGA